AAGUCAACAUCUAAACGUCCAAGUCAUUACUCUUCCAGAAAUUUGAACUAACAGUUUGUGCUUCCAGUUAUGCACCAAAGAAAUCAUUAGAGCAAACUCAGACAGACAAAAUUAAGAUAACUUUGUUUAAAUACAUGAUCAAACACAAGCUUAUUGUAAUAAUGUUGCCUGCCAAUUAAUCAAUGCUCAACAGCUAUUUAUUUAUUUAUUUAUUUUGGAUAAAAUGGGUGUCCGAGUCUUUGGCCCGACUAAUCACAGAUACCUGCUAACUGUCCCACCCAAAAGCAUCCAGAAAAUCUCCAUCUUUAAAGUAGCAGCAUUUGACAAAACAUUCAUCCCCAGUCAAUACUCCAAAUAAGAACUUUUCUUACAUGGUAGGCGGUAUAUAAUGUCCAGAAAGUGAAAACUUUUUCACGCUUUCUCUUUUCCUCUCCAAGUUGCCUACAUUUAUCCUCCCAAAUCCACUUCUCUUCUUGGGAUCUUGGAGAUGAUUUCGCCUGUGUUUCCUCUGUUUUUCCUCAUAUGUUACAAUACUGCUAUUGUAGGAGGUGUAAAUGAUGAAGGUCAUCUUCUUCUAUCUUUCAAACAAUCCAUGGGAAACCCCACAGCAGGUUGUAUGGCCAACUGGAAUGCUUCGGAUGUGAAUCCAUGCUCUUGGCAUGGAGUUUACUGCAUAGAAGCCAAAGUUGUUUCUCUGACAAUCACAGAUGAGAAACUUUAUGGCGUUCUUCCUCCUGUUUUAGGAAGCCUCUCUGCACUUCGCCAUCUUAACCUCAAGAACAACAAUUUUCAUGGAAGCUUGCCAGUGGAACUCUUCGCUGCAAAAGGGCUGCUAAGCUUGGUCCUUUCAGAAAAUUCAUUUUCUGGACCUCUUCCGGUAGAGAUAGGGGAUCUCAGGUACCUGCAAAUAUUAGAUGUUUCGCAAAAUUCAUUCAACGGUUCAAUACCUUCAUCUCUAAUUAAUUGCAGGAAACUAAAGCUUCUCAUCCUCAGAAAUAACAGUUUCUCUGGCUCUCUCCCAAAUGGUCUUGGAAACAGCUUGAUCACCCUUCAGAGUCUCGAUCUUUCUUACAACAAUUUAAGCGGCUCAAUCCCCAUUGACAUAGGGAAUUUGUCAAGCUUGCGAACUCGUCUUGAUCUGUCGCACAAUAUGUUCAAUGGUAAUAUCCCAGCAAGCCUAGGAAGUCUCCCUUGGGCUGUUUAUAUCGAUCUCAGCUUCAACAAUCUCAGUGGCUCUAUACCGCAAAAUGGUAAUCUUGCAAAUGUAGGACCAACAGCUUUUAUUGGGAACCCUCUGCUCUGUGGUCCUCCAUUGAAUAAUUCAUGUCAACAUAGGCCACUGGGCAUCCAACCUCCGCAUUCGAGUGGGAAACAUGGUAUCUCAAGCUUGUGUGUGGCAGCUAUAACUGUUGCUGGCACCGUGGUGGGAAUCUGCCUGGUUGCACUGCUCUUCUCUUAUUUGCACAAGAAAGCUUCUGCAUGCAAAGAAGUCCAAAAUGUUGGUGGUUACCGCUUUGAAGAGAAACUGAUGUUUGGAAAGGAGAUUUUCUGCUUCUCAAAAAAGGGCAUAGAGACCCUUUCAGAAAAGAUGGAGUGCCGUUUUGUACCACUGGAUUUGCAUUUCAAUUUUGAUCUUGAGCAGCUUCUUAGAGCAUCUGCCUUUCUUCUCGGUAAGAGUGCAAUAGGAAUUGUCUAUAAAGUUGUUCUCAACUCCGGAUCAACUGUGGUGGUGAGAAGACUGGAAAAUGGAGGUGAUCAAAGAUACAAGGAGUUCCAAACUGAAGUUGAAGCAAUUGGAAAGAUCAGACACCCAAAUAUUGUCAGUCUUCGAGCAUAUUGCUGGUCUGCUGAUGAGAAGUUGCUUAUCUACGAUUACAUACCCAAUGGAGAUCUUGCAGCUGCCAUUCAUGGGAAAGCAGGAACUGUACCGUUUAAACCUCUUUCAUGGCCUGUUCGUGUACAGAUCAUGAAAGGAAUAGCAAAAGGCUUGGCUUUUCUACAUGAAUUCAGCCCCAAAAGAUAUGUCCAUGGAAAUUUAAAGCCCAGCAAUAUAAUUCUCGGAGAAAACAUGGAGCCUCACAUAUCUGACUUUGGACUUGCCCGCCUCGCUAACAUAAUUGAAGAUUCACCGGCAUUUCAAGGGGAGCAGAUGACAAGCAGAACACCACCACAGAAUUCUCCUUAUAGCUUUACAACAAUAAAUUCUUCCGCGAAUUCGUGUUACUAUCAAGCUCCUGAAGCCUCAAAAGCCACAAAGCCAUCACAGAAGUGGGAUAUUUACUCCUUUGGAGUGAUUUUACUGGAAAUGAUUUCUGGUAAGCCACCAACCGGUCAGAUAGGUUCUUCAGAGACGGAUCUAGUUCUGUGGAUUCAACUCAGCAUGGAGGAAAGGAAGCCACUCUCUUGCAUUGUGGAUCCAUUUCUAGCACAUGACUGGAGCAUGGAAAACUCUAUAGCUGCCACACUGAAAAUUGCACUAGCCUGCAUUCACAAAAGUCCAGACAGGAGACCUACAAUGAGGAAUUUAAGUGAUAGCUUGGAAAAACUGAGCUUAUCCAGUUAAGAGAACAAGUAACAGGCAGAACACUUAAGGACAUUCAUUCAACUUCAAAAUCUGAUAUUAGUGGCACCAUCAAGCAGUACUGCAUUCUUUUUAAUUUUUCAUAGGGUAGAAUUUACACACAUGAAUUCAUUGCUCCCAAUGAAUUCUCUAGUAUGUAAAUCAGAAUAAGAUGUUUAAACUUUGUGUAUUUGUCUGUUGGUUUCUAUUGUUUUCAGAACUUGCUUCUUUCCACUUGAAAUAACAUGAAAAUCUUUAA